UCAGCAUGGGCAAGGCCAACCUGAUCAGAGCCAUCGUGGACGAGGUCGAGGUAGACGCGGUCGUAGAGGAGGAAAUCGUGGAGCUGGUCCAGGCAAUUGAAGUAAGGAAUAUUAUUAUUAAGAUAUGCAUUUUUAAUGCAGGUAUUGACAAGAUUGAAGGGAUGCGUUGAACAUAUAUGAUGAGCUAUUACAGCUGAGAAACAAAGAGAACAAGAGUAGAAAUUAGUCGACUAUUCUAUUCAAGAUUAUGACAAAACUUAAUGAAUAGGUUUAUGGUGAAUAGGUUAUAGGUUUUCCUUCCAUAUAUGAGGAUUCCCAUGUGUGUUUUCGAUUUGUUCCGGAAAUUGUAGAUGUCUAUUGGAUGACAGUUGUCUAUUCUUUGUUUAAAAAUUAUUUUAACCACUCCAGUAAUUUGGAUUUAUCGAUCUGCACCUAUUUCCGAUCAUUUUUACCUCCAUAUCUGAAUAGAAAAAUGUGACCAUGAGAUAAGGGGUAUUUAUUUAAUGGUACGUGUAGGGUUUUAAGAGUUUCGCUGAAAUAGCAUAUUAAGUAUUUUUAUAGCAGCUGUGAUCUAUUGUUUAUAGUUUUGUCAUAAUGUAGAUUUCAUUUCUAUCGAUCAUUUCUCUUUCUUCACUAUUGGAAUUUUAUACUUUCGGCCCGACAUUUGCAGGAUAGAGUAAAUUUCCAAGUUGUAUUUUAGAGAAUCAGUAUGUCAUUAGGUAUCAAAAAAUUCAUUUAUUUUGCUGUAAUGUCGAACCCUAUUUAAAUUUUAGUAAAACUCAAAAUUUGUUAUUCAAAAAGUUUUCCACAUCUUUAAUUUUCUAUUCUU